UCUUUCGGUUCGCCGUUUUCCGCCGAGCUUUUCCGCCGAGCUUUUCCGCAUCUCGUCCGAUCCACCGCCGCCCCUCGAACUUUGCCGCGCUCUGUCGUCGUUCUAGUCCUGUGGGAACAUAAGACAAGUGAAGACCAAACCAGCUGGGCAAAGAAAGUGUAGCUGGUCAAAACAUGGCACAUGGUUUGAAUUUUUUGUAUUGUUUUAGGGGAUAAGAAGCAUAUUAAGAAGGUAGGAGGAAAACUGAAGAUUUUUUCCCAACCCCUCUUGAAACUUGAAAGCAUGCCACAUAAGCAAAAAUUCUGCUCCCAUGGUUCUUCUGUUAAGACGUAAAGUAGAUACACACCCUUGUAGUUGUAGACCCGCUAGCCUAUUCCCUCGUACCAUCUCAGCCAUUACCACCAAGCUCUUGAUUCUUGUGACCAAAAGAAGCCAACUCGAAAAUGCAAAUCUACCUAUUUUGAUUCCACCAUUUAUUGAUAACAUAACCAAAUCCCCCAAAAUAAUUUAACUGAAAAAAAAAAAGAAAUUUUAUUCGGCCACCAACUAUUUUCUUAGUCAUAUUUCAAAUUACACUGCCUCCGAUCUUAGUGAUUGUACAACAACGAUGGCUGCCAUCAUUUUCCGAAGGUUAAGAUUAGCCUCUACAAUCCUAAGACCCUCUUUUUCUUCCUCUUCUUCAACCAACCCGUUAUUCAAUAACCCUAAGCCCUUAUUCUUAGAACCCUUCUCCCAAUCAAUAAACCCUUUUCUCACCAAUUCAUCACUAACAAAACCAAGAUUCUUCUCCACAAAUGAUUCCGAGAAACCUGAAAGUCCAUACCCAAGCCAAAAUCCUAAUUUCAAGCACCAAGAAAUCGAAGGACCCACAGUUGAGCGUGACGUCUCACCCCUGGCGAAUGAAACACGAGAGGUUUUGGAAUCGAUCAUGAAGAAUGUCUACAAGCUGAGCAAGGUGGUUGCAGUUCUAGGUCUGGUUCAACUUGGUCUUGGAUCUUGGAUCGCUUACAAAACCGGUUCUUCACCAUUUUCGGAGGUUUCUGUUCAGAGCACGCUGGCUUUUGCGUUUCCAUUUUCGUUGGCGUUCGUUCUGAGACAGUCACUGAAGCCAAUGUACUUCUUCAAGAAGAUGGAGGAGCAAGGUAGGUUGCAGAUUCUGACGCUUACCAUGCAGGUUGCGAAGCAGAUGAAUCUGUUGUUUGUUAGGGUUCGUGGGGUUUCCAUGGCUUGUGUUCUUGGGAUCUCCAUUGGCUUCUUGUUUGCUGUGCUCUCAAGAUGAGGAUAAAGGAAAAUCAUUGAUAGUGCUUUGGGGAUGUUGAUUUUGAUGAUCCUUUUCUUUUUUCAUUUUUGAAUUAAUGCUCACUUUAGUCCCAAUAAACACAUUGUAGCCAUAUCUUGGGAUUUGGUGUUCUAAGCUGUCAAAAACUUAAAAUAGUUCAUAGAUUCACAAAUAAAUGUGAGUUAAGUUAAUUCUUACUUCCUCAAAGCGAUACUUGUUAUCAAUGUUAUCAAGACCUUUUAAUUAUUUAUAGCACCAAAGUGAAUAUUAACUCUUGUAUUUGUUUAUUUAUUUAUA